AUAGGAGGAGAAAGCCCGCCACCGAGCUUAAAUCUAGACCUUGCUGAAGAAGCAUUAUUAUUUUCUGCAGAAUUUACCGCAAAUAAUCUUCCCAGAUCAAAUUUACCAACACAGGAUACUCAAAUUACUUAUGAUGACAUAGGCUUUUCACAAGAUCCUGUGGAUCGACUUGCCGAGGAAUUUGAGUCAACCUUAUAUGUGGGUCCAGGAUCUUUACUAAUGUCACAAGAUGAUGAAGAGCAAAUAUUUCCUCAAAAGCAAGAUGAUUUUGCUGAUUUAUCUUUAGUUGAAGAUCAACUGAAAUUUUUACCCAACAGUGAAAUAUCAGAAAGUUUGAUUGAUGUCUACUUUCAGACAGCGGGCCGUCAUUAUCCUCAUUUAAAGAAAAAAGUCGUUCUUGACUGUCUUAAAGAAUUAUCGAGACCACAGCAUUUUCUUUUACUUAAUAGUAUUUUUUUCGCAGCUUCUCCAUUUCACCCAAACGAAAAUCUUAAUGACAGAGAGACUUAUCAUCAGGCAUGA